AUGAUAGUAUGGGCAGUGGGUACAACCAAUCAGGCGAAGCUGGACUCAGUUCACGCUGUUGUUUGUAGGUGCUUUCCGAGCAAGCAGCACGAUGUUCGUCCUGUGGCGGUAGCUUCCAUUGUUCGUGCACAACCCAUUUCGGCCGAGGAGUCGCAGCAGGGUGCACAGCACCGCGCUCAUGAAGCCCUGCGCCUUGUUCCUGAGGCGCACUAUGGUGUUGGACUGGAAGGGGGGCUGGAGAAAGCUUCAGAUCGAUGGUUUGAAUGUGGUUGGAUGUUCGUGGUAGAGCGCUCUACUGGAAGGUGCGGUAUAGGCUCUUCUGCACGUUUCGAGAUGAGCCAAAAGCUUAUGUCCAAGAUUCUGGACGAAGGCAAGGAACUGGCGGAGGUGAUGGAUGAGCUGACUGGACAGACAGAUGUAAGGUCUGGGCAGGGCGCAAUGGGAAUACUGACAGCCGGGUAUUUGAACCGUGCUGAAUCCUAUUCUCACGGUUUGAUCUUUGCACUGGCUCCAUUCCUCUCCGAGCCCAAGUACUGGGACAAGUAA